CCAUGGGGACUCCUGGACACGUUCGAGACUAAUUGUCUCUCUCUGGAUAUAAGACCAGCGAGGACCCCACUGCAUCGUCGCCCCAGAUGCAUAUGCGCCAAUUCAGAGCUGCGUCUCCCAUCGUCCUGUUACCAGCCUGCGACAACCUCUGAGAGAGACACAUCAUUCAGACCCUGAACUACCACCGCUGCCAUGGCAAACCCUCCUUCGGCGUGGUCCAUGGUGACCCCUAUGCUUCUCUUCUCCUGUUUUUGCCUGCUGGUGGGCGACAUGCUCUUUGGGUAUGACACUGGGAGUUUUGGAGGUAUCCUCGCCAAUCCCGGCUUCGUGAGGCAGUUUGGCUCGUACCAUCCCUCGACCGAUAAAUACUCCAUCGAUUCUCUCCAUACAUCGCUGCUGUCCUCUCUCGCCUUCAUUGGCAAGUUCCUUGGGUGCUUGCUCGCCGGUCCGGCUAUUGAGCGGUUUGGCCACCGUGCAGUGUUCUUUGGGCUGUCAGCGGUCUCGUUCGUCGGGAUUAUCAUCGAAAUCACCGCAGCUGGCACUGGCGUAGGAUCCGGGCGCUUCGCACAGUUUAUCGUUGGUCGCAUUAUUGUCUAUAUGUCGGUUGGCCUGGUCGAAGUCGACGUGACCACCUACCAGUCUGAAAUCGUCCCGGCGCCAUUCCGUGGCCUCGUUGUCGUCUCUCUCCAACUCUUUCUCAACGCCGGAACAGUCGUCGCCUCUGGGGUCAACAAGGCAUUCUCGACCAGAACCGACGGUCUGGGUUGGAAAGCGGUCACUGGCAUCCAAUUUAUUUUCCCCGUCCUGAUAAUCCUCUUCACCAUGUUCAUUCCUAGCUCUCCCCGCUGGCUCUUGUCGAAGGAUCGUGACAGCGAGGCCAUUGCCGCCCUCCGCCGACUCAGGCCGAAAGGCGACGGUUCUGAUGACAAGUGCGCCGCCGAGAUCCAUGCCAUCAGAGAGGCUCUUCGUGAGCAAGUCCACAAGGCCCCGUGGUUGGACCUCGUGCGCGGAACUAAUCUCCGACGAACGGCCAUUGUCAUUGUGUACUAUUUUUUCCAGCAGACUACCGGCCAAGCCUUUGUUUCCACCUACCAGACAACAUUCUAUAAGACGAACGGAUACGCGGAUCAGGCCUUCACCUAUCCCAUCAUUAAUAGCUGUCUCAGCUUCCUUUCAGUCCUCCCAGGCAUGUACUUGGUCGACAAACUUGGUCGUCGGUACAGCCUCAUGAUUACAUACUCUUUCCAGGCCUUCUGGAUAUACUUGUUGGCCGGACUUGGUGGUAUGGGGCACAAGACGGCGAGUGACAAAAACAUGAUUGUGGCUGCAUUUAUGCUGUACGCAUUUAGUUACAAUAUGGGUGGCGCUUCGAUCCCGUAUCUUCUCGGCUCCGAGAUUCCUAACGCCGCGGUGCGAGAAAAGACGCAAGCACUAGGGACGUCGUGGAACGUGGUGUGGGCGUUUGUGACCAACUUUGUCAUCCCCUACAUGAUCAACAACAUCCACUUCGGGGUCGGAUGGGUGUUUGGCAGCAUCUCCAUUCUCGCCUUCUUCUUUACUUUCCUCUUCCUCCCCGAGACCAAGGGUCGCGCUCUUGAAGAGAUCGACGCCAUCUUUGCGGUCCCGUUCAACCCCUUCCGCCCGGCCGAAGUUCACUAUACCGACGCCGAGCGCCGGGUUGGCCAGCUCGAAGGGGAGAAGGUGGCCGUCACGUCCGUUUCGGAGAACAUCGACAACUUCACACACGAGGGUCAGAAAGAGGAUUUUUAGUCCGGCCAGAUCCUGGAAGCUGACCUGCAGUUGUUGUGGCGUUUGCGACUAACCAAUUCUGCCGCGUGCGCCUGUUGUAUAUACUACAAUCUUGAACAAAAGUCCUGCCAUAA